AAGAGCAGCCAAUGGGAGCCCUCCCAGCGCGCGGGGCCCUCUGUUUCUUCUGCCCGCUGCCCUUUCCCCCAGUUCGGGAAGCCCGGCUCCGGGCCGGAAUGUGGGGCUGGUGGCCGGCGCGUGCGCCGGGAGAGCGGGCCCUUCCUGGCGGCGAGGCCCGGGACGAGGCCGCGGUGGGCCGCCUGCUCGCCCGGCGCCGAGCGGGCCUGGAAGGAAGGCGGCGGGAGGAGGCGCCGGGGCUGCAGAGAACGCGACUCGGGACCGGCGAGGCCUGCACCGUGCCCACCGGAGGCGUCCCCGCGUCCCUCCCUGCUCUCGGGGCGUCCCGGCCCCGCCUCCUCGUCCUUUGCCCGCGGGUUAACCUGCUGGCUUUCGGCGGGCGCGAUCCCCAAAACGGGUACCCUGCGGGCCGGGGCUGCCGCCCGCCAAGCAGGCGGCUCCCCGCUGGGCUCGCCUCUUCCGGGGCGAUCCGCCCGCACGUGCAGGAGCGGAACCGCGCGCCCCAUUCAGUCCGGGCCCGCCCGCCAGCGCCGCCUCCGCAGGGAGACGGGCCCCAAACCGCCCCUCUAACCAGAGACUUAAGGUCGGGGCCCAGGUCCGCCUGCAACUUCCUCCCAGGCGGUGCCCAGAGCCUGGUCUGCAGCUCCGUGCAAGGUGGUGGAUGGAGCUGGUGGAAAAAAGAGAAGAGCCACCUGGCAGCUGCUUUUAUAUUGCUUCUUCCUUGCGGAGCGUCUAGGAAGGGGAAGUGGCUGCGGUGCCCGAGACCAACUUCCAGGAGGCCAGGGGCACUGUUGGGAUCGUGCCAGCAGCGCUGGUCCCUCAGUGCCUGGCCCAUUCUCCCAAGAUUGGACCUGCAGGGAGUGGCUGCCUGCAGGCUGGUGGGCCGCCUGGACGGGUCUCAGCUGAACGGCCCACCUGCUGUGGGAGCACACUGACCACCAGGGGGCAG